AUGUCUUUAGUUCCUAUUUUUAAUGAUUUAUCUUUUUAUGAAGAUUCAAAUUUUCAGAAUAACAGAUUCACUAAAUUGAAACGAACUUUUGAAGAUAAUUUUGGUAAUGAUUCUAAAAUUGAUUUCUUUGCUAGAUCUCCAGGUAGAGUUAAUAUAAUUGGUGAUCAUAUAGAUUACAACUAUUUUCCUGUUUUACCAAUGGCUAUAAAUAAUGAUGUUAUAGCAGCUAUUGAAAUUACAAAUGAUAAAGAAAUUAUCAUAACAAAUACAGAUGCAAAUUUUAAAAGAACCACUAUUCAAUUACCUUCAGGUCCAAAGGAGAUUGUCAAAAUAGAUGAAACAUUUAGUUGGGCAAAUUAUUUCAAAUGUGGUUUAAUUGUUGCACAAAAAUAUUUAAUUGAAAAGAAUUUACUUGAUGGAUUAAAAGGUAUGAAGAUUACUUUUGAUGGUAACGUUCCAACUGGCGGUGGUUUAUCUUCUAGUGCUGCAUUCUGUGUUACUACUGCAUUAUCAAUUCUUUAUGCAAAUGGCUUAACCCAAAUUCCUAAAUCUGAUUUAACUAAAAUUACAGUUGUUUCUGAGCAUUACGUUGGUUUAAACAAUGGUGGUAUGGAUCAAUGUGCAAGUAUAUAUGGAGAAAUGAAUAAAGCAUUAUUAAUUCAAUUUAGACCUGAAAUUAAAGGCACUCCAUUCAAAUUCCCAUUAGAUGAUUUAGUAUUUGUAAUUACUAAUAGUUUACAAGUAUCAAAUAAAGCAGAAACUGGGCCAGUUCAUUAUAAUUUAAGAGUUGUAGAAAUGGCAAUUGGAGCAGAUAUGUUGUCUAAAAAAUUGCAACUUGAAAAUGUAUUACAAGAUUCAAAUUCAAAAACUUCAAGUUUAAGAUCAGUUAUGGAGUGUAACUAUGGUCAAUGGGAUGAUAAUGAUAUUGAAAGAGGUAUUGAGGAGUUGAACAAAAUGAUUGAUUUAGUAGAAGGUAAUUUGAAUCAUGACAGAUAUACAGUAGAACAAGCAUCUAAAGAAUUAAAUAUAACCACUGAAGAAUUUACUCAAAAGUAUUUGACUAAGUUUCCAGUUAGAUUUGAUAUGUUAAAAAUUUACCAAAGAGCAAAACAUGUAUAUCAAGAAAGUUUAAGGGUAUUAGAAACUUUGAAACUUUUGAAAUCACCAAUUGAAAAUGAAACAACAUUCUUAAAGUCUUUUGGUCAAUUGUUAAAUAAAAGUCAGUAUGAUUUAAAGAAUUUAUGUGAAAAUUCAAAUGAGAAAUUGGAUAGAAUUUGUGAAAUAGCUUUGGCUAAUGGUUCUUUUGGUAGUAGAAUAACUGGUGCUGGUUGGGGUGGUUCAUUAGUUCAUUUAACAACUACUGAUAAAUUGAAUAAGUUAAUUGAAGCUUUUGAAAACGAUUAUUAUAAAGUUGAAUUUCCAAAUAUAACUGAAGAUGAAUUAAAAGAAGCUAUCUUAGUAAGUAAACCAGCAAAUGGUUCAUCGAUAGUAACUACCAAUUUUUUGCAAUAG